AUGCACCAUAAUGACAUCCAACAUCGUGAAUCACUCAACGCUGCACUAAAAGCUGCCAGAAAUCUCCCAAUUGAUAUCUUGUUUGAAUGCCUUAGAAGUUUUGUUCAAAAGUGGGUUUGGAACAACUCAAAUAAUGCAAAUGGAACAUUUACAAAAGUCUCUACAGUCUUGCCUUUCAACCCAAUAGAAUACCAAGUUCGUGAUGAACAGAGGAUCAAUUUCACAGUAAAUAUACACAAUAGAACAUGUACUUGUAAUAGGUUUCAUGAAGAUGAAAUGUCUUGUGGGCAUGCAGUAGUUGUAAUUACAAAGAGAAACUUGGGAGUGUAUGAUUAUUGUGUGAAUUUCUACAAAACAGAAACAUUGAAAGCAUUGUAUCAAGAAAAUGUUCAUCCUUUGUCCCAUAAAGAUGAAGGGAAUCUCCCAGAACACUUGGACAUAGUGUUGCUGACUCCAAAGUCAGCAAUCCCUGUAAAAAGACCAAGAGAGAAAAUAAUAUGA